GAAAUAUCACAGGGAGGAGGGAGGUUAAAAUCAGAGUGGGGAAAAGAUGCAUAAUCAAGACUGAGCUAAAAGCAGACCACGGGAAAAAGAAUCCUCAAAGGACAAUCACUGCACUCUGGUCAAUCAGUUCCAGCAUGUUUCUCUUUUAUUACAGCUUCUCAUGAGUCAUGGAUGCAGCAGCACUAAGACUAAGAUCAGACAUUCUGUAUCACAACAACAGCCCUCCCCCCUCCCUCUCUCGUUCUCCUCACCCCGUGGUCUUAGCACUUGUAGGGCAGGAGUGAGCAGGCUGAUUACAAAGUACCUGAUUGGUGUCCUGGGUCCAAGGAGAUCCAAAGAAAGGAGUGGGGGUGUGCACAGAGCAGCAGCAACAAGAGCCUUGCAAGCACUGCGCACAAAAAGCCACUGGACUGUGUGUGUGUGUCACUUAAAAGCUACAGAGUGAGCAGUGUCCCUGGGGGGAUCUGAGCUGUGUGAGAGAAAACGCUUCAGGUGCAAGAGGGACGCUUUUGGACCAUAAUUAUCACAUCAUUUGGGCUUGUGAAGAGACUGGAGCAAUGUUUUAAAGAGUUCUGAACAACCGAGUUUACCUGUUGGCUGGAAAGAGGAAGGACAUAUCCUACGUAAUCUUUACAAAAUAAAAGCUGAAUAUUUAAUAUCACUCAAAGACAUCAGGGUCUGAAAGACUGGAGCUAUCCUUCUGAAGGAGGGGGUAACAUUCACCAAAGCCAACUCAGGUCGCAAUGAAAAGAUCCCCACCAUAAAAAUAAAAAAACUUCCUUUGAGCAGUGACAUACAGAGCAGGAGGGUGAUAGAUGCAAGUUGAGUUCUGAGGAAGAAGUGGAAAACUCUGGCUGAAGCUUUUCUUGGACAUGAGAAAUGGUUAAACUCAAACGGAGACGAGCAUUAGAGCUGUUAUCCACUCCGGAAUAUGAGUGUGUCUCCGGAGUGAAAAGCCUUUCCCAUAGGAGUGAUCUACAACUUUGAGAGGAAUCUGUCACCGUUUUCUGCUAGUGCCGUCAGGAACCCAGAGUUCUCACUUUAAGGAUUAUUCAUCCGCUCAGCAGGGGAGCGUACUGCUGGAAAUGCCAGAGGCAAGUUCAUUCGACCUUUACUUUGGAUCCAUCAAUAACACAUCAGCACUGAACCAUCACAAGGCUCAGCACUAAGUCCAAGAUGGCCACUUCUAUGCAUCCCCUCGUGAUAGGUUUCUCACUGGCUGUUCUCCUGGGUCUGACCCGUCUAGGUGGACUGAACUCUCAGCCAUCAGGUCAGGCUUCAGCCCAGGUCUCUACCAACAACGACACGACACAGGCCUCGAUGCUACCUGAAGCAGCUUUGGUGACGCCCACACCAGACACGAAGGACCAAACAGUUCCAACUGGCACUAACAGAUGCUGGGGUUACUAUGAUGUCAUGGGCCAAUGGGACCCGCCAUUCAACUGUAACGCAGGAAUCUACAUGUUCUGUUGUGGUUCCUGCUACUACCGCUUCUGCUGCCAGUUCAAAGUUCACAGUUUGGACCAGACCUCUUGUUCCAACUAUGAUACGCCUGUGUGGGCCAACACCAGGCGACCAGUGGCACCUGUCACAGAGGUCCACCAGGAACCAGACCGGGACCAAACCCACAUGAUUGUGUAUAUUAUCUGUGGAGUGGUGGCCAUCAUGGUGCUGGUCGGGAUUUUCACCAAGCUCGGGCUGGAGAAGAGUCAGGGAGUACAGACGGACAUGACCAACUCCAGGACUCUGACGGAGCUUCUGAAGCAGCCAGGAGAGGCAGGAGUGGUGGAUGGAGCCGGGGUUCAUCAUCCCAUAGGAACCAACGGCAUCUCGGCCAGGGCACUACGCGCCAACAACAGUCACAACCAUUUGAACAAUGCCACUUUGUCUCCCCUGGGUCCAGCCAUGGCUUUGUCUCACCCUCAUAACAACCUGGGAAUCGGCUUCAACAAGUACACCACGCUUAAGGCUGUGGACACAACUCCAAGAGACUACUACAAGAGCUACCCGAUGGUAGAUUACACCCAUCGCCAAUCGCCUCCCACUUUCCAGCCAAUCAACUUCCACCCCAAGGACAAGCCCUUUCUUCCGCCGCCCGAUAUCCAUGCACCACUGGCCAUCACCAUCAACGCCCCCCAGAUGCCCAAGCCUAAGAUCUCCAAGACCAACACCCACCCACUCACCUCCAGCUCAGCCUUCAAAGCAUGGGACCCCAGUAAGAGCCAUGUCCAGCACCCUGCAGUCUCCCACAUGGGCCUCCAGGGGCAGCAGCUCCACCCCAUCCAGCAGCAGCAGCAUCAGCCGCUGCACCAGCAGAACAGCCGGCGCCAGGCCUACUCCAACAAGAGGCAGUUCAGCAUCGAGACGCUGCCCGAGCUCUUCUCACAGCCGCUGGGCUACGGCCACUCACCACACAUGCACCCAAAGCACAAGGGACUGCACACCAACAGCAAGACAGAGGUCACAGUCUGAACAUGGGGGUGAACAGACAGAAGAAGAGACAAAAGAACAAGUGGAGGUGUAAGAGAAACACUCAUAUCUUUUAUAUCCACAGCCAUGUGGGUGAGAGACAAAUAUCUGGAAUUUUCAGCAUUUUCUUCAUCAUUGUUGACAAUAAUAAUGUGCGUGAUGUUCAUAUAAUUUGAAGCUCAAUGGAUCAACGCAGCAGUAGGACAGGCUGUGAAGGUGGUGGGCUGGCAGGUGGCGGCUGUGACUUUUUGAACCAGGCUACUCUUCUAAAUAAUUGAGUGGCCUCUAGGUUUGCUGGCACAGCUCUCUCCUCUUCCUCUCAACCCCUUGCACCUCUGUGACACUCUGCACUGCUUCGUAGCACCACUCCACCACACACAAAGGUUCUGAUCCCACAUAAAAGACACAAUUCCCUCCACAAAUGAGCCCAGAUUCUGAGACUGUCAGGGCAGCUGGUAGGGGAGUGUUUCACCUUAGACUUUGGUUUCUCAUCAGCACAGACAGUGCCAAUGUGUUAGCUCUCGUUGCCGUCCAACCCUCUGGAGAUGUCAGCCUGGCAAUUCAUAUCAGGCAGGAGGGUGGGGUGAGCUGGGAGGGGCAAGAUUAUUCAUCUCGUUCCAGGUUCAAAUGAGUCGAGAAGGAUCUGAAGUAUUUGCACACAUUCAUGCACAAUACACACGUGUCAAAAACUACAGAAUGUUCCUGGCAGUAUCAGAGACCCCCACCCCCCGACACACACACACACACACACACACACACACACAAAUCGCCAGAAACUGGAGAGAUGAAUAAGCAGCAGCCUUGGUGAUGUUUCUGAGGGUAUGUUGAGCAGUUAAUUCCAGUGACUGUCUUUUGAGUGGCUGGAGAUGUUUACCUCUAAAGAAACCCCAGGAUGUGUCUAAGGAAGGGCAAAAGACUCCACGUGUCUACAAAGGUCACAGCAAAGUCACCGCGUUCUCUCGUCCUCUCAGCUCCACACCAUUUAUCCAGUGAGACUGUGUGUGUCACAGGAAUAUCAGCCACUGGUGCAUGUUGGAGAAAUCAAACUCAGCAUCACACACAACCUGUAGGAGGCUCUUGCUGCUCUCCCUAAUAGACGUUGCUGUACAGGAGUCCUUUGUUGGUCUUUGGUUCUUGUUACCAUGCUAACUCUGAGAGAUGAGACAGUCCAAGUAACUUCA